GGCUGUUCAUCUAUAUACGGAGUUUUAACAGAAUGAAACGCCGGAGUUGGGGUGUCAGCUGGAAUUGACGGUAUACGGUGCGCACAAGGGAAUCUCCCGACGGGGAGCAGUGAGUUGUCAUCCCGGGUAGACGGCGAGCUCCCGGAGCCACGCGGCCGCAGGUGGGCGAGGGCGGCGAGACCCCUCGCUGGCCUGAGAGCUGCCGUGGCUCUCCAGGCGGAGCGCACACCCGGCAGCGCGGCUCGCGGCUCGGCGCCGCCCGCGGCUCGGCGUCUCCCGGCUCCUCCUUAACCCGCGCCGGGAGGCGGUGGCGGCAGCGGCCGGCGGGCGGGAGAGGGGGAGGGGCGCGGAGCGCGGCGCGGAGGCCGGGGAGGAGCCGGGGCCUGCAGCGGAGCCGAGCCGAGCCCGAGCCCGCGCCGAGCCCUGACACUGUCCGUCCGCCUUCUGGCUCCCCGGGAGCCCGGACUGGUCGGAGCCCGAGCGGUGGCAGCGCGGGGAGCCCCACGCGCCGAAGGGAGCGGACCGGACAGGACGGCCCUAGAGGAGGUGCUGCCGCCACAGCAGCAGGGACCGGAGUCUCGAGCCGCGGCCUCCCGGACCGUGCUGCCCAGGCCAGCUCAGGGAGAGCCGGGAGUACGAAAGCCCCACCCUCUGGGGCACCCCGGGAGCGGAGGCGGGAGCGGGGACGCGAGCAACCUCUCCCCCUGUUGGAGAGAAAAGACCCUUACCACUCGGGUGAGGGAAAGAAGAGACCCCUGGAGGGGACGCCUCUCUCCUGCCUAGAGGCGAGGAAGACCCCUGUACUGGCCGGGGAGGAGACCCCCAGAAGUGGAAAGAAGGGAGCUUUCCGUAGGGAAGCAGAGUGAGACCACCCUAGCGCGCCCCCGCCCCUCCAAACACACACUCUCAACAGUUCAGGACUUUCGAGGCAAAGAGAGACGGGGCUGUGCCUAUGGAGUAGGCACCCUCGGCCCACCAGUGUUCACAGGGGACAGGAGUCCUUACGUUCAGAAGCCACUCCAGGGAAAGAAGAGGAAUCGGCUUUCAGCCUUCUGGAGAGGGGAAGACCUCCCCCUCAACUUCCUCGUGCCUAGACAGUGGAACGGGGUAGAUCCCCUCCGCUCAUAUCUCCAGCAGACAGAAAGAGCCCUCCACCUCAGAAAGAUCCAGUUUGGGGGGGAGGGGAACUCCCCCAAGGGGGAGGAGACAACUCCUGGUUGGGAGAGGCUCCUCCCCUCCUCCCCAGGGUAACAAGCAGGGUGUGGGGGGUGUGCCACCUUCCCCAAGUAGGACCUCCUUCUCCUCCCCCUCCCCCUCCUCCGCCCUUGACUCCUCAUCCUCAGGGGACCCAGUUCCCCUCACCAACUUGGGAGGCUCAGCCAAGUACAGGAAGAGCCACCGAGGAUGACAGCCGCCCCCUGCCUCUGAAGAGGGGAAUCCCUCCAACCCCAAACUCCAGUACCAGGUGGUUCCCUCCCUUUGCCGGAGGAACCUUGGAGACAGAACCCAGAAGUACCAUGGCUUCUGACCUAGAGAGUAGCCUCACUUCCAUAGACUGGCUCCCCCAGCUGACCCUCCGAGCUACCAUUGAGAAGCUUGGAAGUGCCUCCCAGGCUGGGCCUCCCGGGAGCAGCCGCAAGUGUUCACCAGGCUCACCCACAGAUCCUAAUGCCACCCUGAGCAAAGACGAGGCAGCAGUGCACCAGGACGGCAAGCCACGAUACAGCUAUGCCACUCUCAUCACCUAUGCCAUCAACUCCUCUCCAGCCAAGAAGAUGACCCUCAGCGAGAUUUACCGCUGGAUCUGUGAUAACUUCCCUUAUUACAAGAAUGCUGGCAUUGGUUGGAAGAAUUCAAUACGGCACAACCUUUCUCUCAACAAGUGUUUCCGGAAGGUGCCCAGACCUCGGGAUGACCCUGGGAAGGGUUCCUAUUGGACAAUUGACACCUGCCCUGACAUUUCCCGAAAGAGAAGACACCCUCCAGAUGAUGAUCUGUCCCAAGACUCACCAGAACAGGAGGCAAGCAAGAGCCCACGGGGAGGCGUUCCAGGGAGUGGAGAAGCCUCUCUGCCUCCUGAGGGGAAUCCACAGAUGUCACUUCAGAGCCCCACAUCUAUUGCUAGCUACAGCCAGGGCACAGGAUCUGUGGAUGGUGGAGCAGUGGCAGCAGGGGCUUCAGGCCGAGAAAGUGCUGAGGGUCCCCCUCCCCUCUAUAACACCAACCAUGACUUUAAGUUCUCCUACUCAGAGAUCAACUUUCAGGAUCUAAGCUGGUCCUUCCGCAACCUCUAUAAGUCCAUGCUGGAGAAGUCCUCUUCCUCCUCUCAGCACGGCUUUUCUUCUCUCCUGGGGGACAUCCCACCCUCGAACAACUACUACAUGUAUCAGCAGCAGCAGCCACCGCCACCUCAACAGCAGCAGCAGCAGCAGCCGCCACAGCCACCUCCCCAGCAGUCCCAGCCACAGCAGCAGCAGCAGGCACCUGCCCAGGGCCCCUCAGCUGUAGGGGGUGCUCCUCCACUGCACACCCCAAGCCCAGAUGGUUGUACCCCACCAGGGGGAAAGCAAGCUGGGGCAGAAGGCUAUGGGCCUCCCCCUGUAAUGGCCAUGCAUCCACCCCCCCUGCAGCAUGGAGGCUACCACCCUCAUCAGCACCAUCCCCACUCCCACUCUGCCCAGCAGCCACCACCUCCACAGCCACAGGCACAAGGCCAGGCUCCCAUCAACAACACUGGCUUUGCCUUUCCUUCUGACUGGUGCUCUAAUAUUGACUCUUUGAAGGAAAGCUUCAAGAUGGUGAAUCGGCUCAAUUGGUCCAGCAUUGAGCAGUCACAAUUCUCAGAACUGAUGGAGAGUCUACGACAGGCAGAGCAAAAGAACUGGACCCUCGACCAGCAUCACAUUGCCAAUCUGUGUGACUCCCUCAACCACUUCCUUACUCAGACUGGUCACGUGCCCCCUCAAGGGGGUACCCACCGCCCAGCAGCCCCUGCCCGUAUUGCUGACUCCUGUGCCCUCACCAGUGGCAAACAGGAGUCAGCCAUGAGCCAAGUGAACUCUUACGGGCACCCACAAGCUCCCCACCUUUACCCUGGCCCAUCACCGAUGUACCCAAUCCCCACCCAGGACUCAGCAGGAUACAAUCGCCCAGCACACCAUAUGGUCCCUCGGCCACCAGUGCCACCUCCUGGUGCCAGUGAGGAAAUCCCUGACGACUUCGACUGGGACUUGAUCACUUAGUGCAUCACACAGUGUGGACAUCAGCCCAGGGCCGCGUGGUGAAGUCUGGCAGUGGGGAAAGAGCAACCCCAGCCCAUCCCUUCCCCCCGUCUGUAUAUAGACAUAUAUCCUCUUUUUGUUCUUUCUCUGUCGGAGAAGCCACUGCAAGAUGCUGCCGAAGAUAACCCCCUCUUUCCUGCCUCAUUCUUCUCUCUUCCUUCCUGUUGUUUCCUAGUUCUUUUAUUAUUAUUCUUAUAUUAUUAUUAUUAUUAUUAUCGAUUAUAUACUGUCCAUAGUCUCCUGUCCCUACAUCAUGGAUCAUGUCCACCUUUUGCUAAUUUAAAAUCAUCAGGCUGGAAGAUGAAGCCAUGAUAGCUACAGAGAAAGGUUUCAGACUCCAGUUUACCUUUCUCUUGGAGAAACUCAAUGCUAAUCCCACCUUUUGGCCCUAAAUUGUUUUUUGUUCCCGUCAGUUUCAGGCCAGGACUGGAGAGGCCACAUUACCAAGUAGAAAGGGUCUGAAACAUUACUUGGCAGCCAAGAAUUUGGAGGUUUUAAAAUGGUGCUAAUUCUGUCCUCUGAGGUCUUCCUUGUCCCUUUAUACCUUCAAUCCUUACUUCUGCCAGUCUGCAUUUCCUAUCAAGGGUGAAAGUGAUGAUGGUGGUGCAGGAGGGUGACAAUAAAAUCCUAGUGGAAUUGGAGACCAUUGGAAGGGAUGGAAUAUAAGUCAGUGUGAAACUGAGUGUACACUGCCAUGUUACAUCAGUGUCCAUUGGCUUGUUUCAAGCCCGUUCUCUAAGAAGAUAGGAUUGGUUUUAGCCCAAACUCUGCUUCUGUGGUAGGGCAUGAGGACAACUAUUCAGCAUAGUUUUAGCUUCUUGGAGAUGAUUCCAACUUAACUAUUUUGGCUUUUUAAACAUUAUUUUCUCUGAAAAUUAAUUGUGGCUCUUAUUUGCAUUUACGAAUGAUCUUCCCAUCCCUUUUUCCCAUUCAGCAAAUAUGAGUUUGUCCUCCUUUAAUUGUUUGCCCAAAUCUUCCACCCAUCUUUUUUCUUCCCCCAUUUUCUGGGAUUCUCAACAAAGAAAAAGUAACCCAUUAUCACUCUGAGUUUCGUCGUGUCCUAAGACGUGAUGGGAAUCUCAUUCCCACCGGUCUCAUAGCAGAACCAAACCUUUAGUGUUGGUGGUAGGAGGACGGGGAGAGGAAAAGGGAGCUGGCAAAGAAAUGGAUAGGGAAUAUUUUAGUUCUUUAAAUAUAUAGGCAGAUGCUUCUCUUGGAAUCCAGAUCAUCUGGCUGAAGCUUUUGCAAGUAGGCUUUGAGGGGUGAAGGAGAUUGGUGGAGGAGAGUAAAUAAUCUAGAGGCAAGAGUUCAGUGAGGGCCAAGGGGGACCCCCAGAAAAAGGUAUAGAGCUAACUCAUCUCUUUUACAAGGGGUGGCCAUGACUUAUUGUUGCAAAGUACUCAGUGUAUAUUUAAUGUUAAUUGGUGAAUUUUAGUUACGAGAGGGAAGAACAAUUUUACUUCUGUCCUUAUUUCACUUGCUGAAAAGCUGUGGGACAAAAUGUAUGGAAUAGACAAGGCCACUUUGUGAUUUCUGCUUUUCAUGCAUAUUAUUUUAUUUACCCAUAAUUUCCAAGAGAUUUGGCUUUCCGCUCUCCUGCUUUUUUCUUUCAUCCACCCCUUUCCUUUUUUUGGAAGGGGGUUAUAUAUGAGAGUUUAUUGAAGAAGUCCAGUGAGGCUGAAGUAAAGGGGCAAGAUAGGGCAGUUAACUAAAGAGCACUUUAUUUCUUUGAAGCCUUUCUAAGAAAGAAAUGGGGGUGCGAGUGGCUUGAAUCUCCCAUGAUGUUGGAGGGCACUUAGUGGGGUUGAAGUAUGACAUAAUAUUUCCCAUUGGGGAAAGGAGAAUUUCUCUUAGAGGGUGGCAAAAUGCCUUUGCCCAGUGUCCCUAUUUUAGGCAUCUUUUCCUUCCUUAUUCCUUCCAGUCAGUGUGCGUCCUACACAAAACUUCCCGUCAGUUCUCCUCAAUAUUCCCCGUUUGUAAAUGAUCACUUCUCUUUUCUAAACCCUUUUCCUGUUCAGAUCCGUACAGGAUUUGCAAGGGUAGGAUCAUACAUGCAAAUGCCCCUUGUUCAUCUGUGUCUUCUGCAAACUAGUCUCAUGAAGAAUUCUGGUGUGCAGCCAGGGUAGCUGAAGUUUGGGUCUGGGACUGGAGAUUGGCCAUUAGGCCUCCUGAGAUUCCAGCUCCCUUCCACCAAGCCCAGUCUUGCUACAUGGCACAGGGCAAACCUGACUCCCUUUGGGCCUCAGUUUCCCCUUCCCUUCAUGAAAUGAAAAGAAUACUACUUUUUCUUGUUGGUCUAGCGUCGCUGGACACAAAGUAUAGUCAUUGUUGUAUUGGGUGAUGUGUGCGAAACUGCAGAAGCUCACUGCCUAUAAGAGGAAAUAAGAGAGAAAGUGGAGGAGAGGGACCAAAGGAGUAAUUAUUUGGUCUAGAUCCACCCAUCCCAACCUUUCUCUCCUCAGUCCCUGCUCCUCAUGUUUCUGGUUUGGUGAGUCCUUUGUGCCACCACCCAUAAUGCUUUGCAUUCUUGCAUCCUGGGAAGGGGGUAUAUGGUCUCACAAGUUGUUGUCAUUGUUUUUUUGCAUGCUUUCUUAAUAAAAAAAAAAAAAGAAUGUUUACAGUUUUA